AUGAUUGAAUCAGUUGCUGAUCUUAAUGAAACUUAAAUUUAAGAUAGAUUAGCUACUAAAAGAGUGAGUUCAAAAACUAAGACUGUUACUUUUAAUGGAAUGUUAUUGAUUUUAUUUAUUUUCAUGAUUUUAACAAUAGUGAGAUGGUUAAUGAAUAAAAUUGAUGUUAGAUUGUUGAAAUAUAUGCUAAAGUAAUUUGAGAUAAUCAUAAAUUUUUAGAGACUCAGCAUUAAUGUUACCAAUGGUUUUCAUAAUCUUGGUGUUCAAUUAUAUGUUGAGUAGUUCUGUAAAAUAGAAGUUGAAUAUAUAUGGAGUAUUAUAUUAUGUAGAUCUUGAUAAAUUUUUAAUGUAAAUAGUGACAUUCAUAAUUGUAUGGUUUGGUGUAGGAAUAGUAUUCACAUUUGUUUGGUAACAUUAGAAUACUAUAAAUAAUGAAUUUGAAUAAUUAGAUGCUGAAUAAACGCAUAGACUUUAUGAAAAUAUGUAUUUGUAUAACGAUUCAAAUACAUAUAUAAUAUAAGAGAAAGUUUAAUACCAUUCAAUUAGAUAAUAAUUCAUUUAACCUACUGAUAUACCAGUGAUAAAUCCUAGAAUCUUAAGGAAUGAUUUUAACUUUGCAUAAUAUUUGAACUUGAAUCAACGUAAAAUCUAUUCAUAAAUCUUAAGAAUCAAUUCAUUUAGCAUUAUUCCAAUUAUACUUUGUAUGUUUCUAACAUAUGUAUUCUCUUCUAUCAUCAUCACAAUACUUUUACUACUGUAUUAUUGGGUUUAAAAAUCCAAUCUAUAUUAAAUCUACACAAAGAUUGAUGCUCCAUAUUAAUACAAUCCUACACCUUUAUAAUAUCGUGGAAUAUAAGCACCACCUUAUAUUAAUUUAUAAUUGUAAAAGAAUAAAUCAAGAUUAAAAUAAGUUAUUGGAUCACCAUAAUUCAAUUUAAGAUUACUACAUUCCUUUGUUUUUAUUUAAAUAUUUUGGUUUGCUUGGUUAUUUUAUGCACAUAGAGUAAAUAAUUCAAUUCUUGAACAUACUUGGUUAUCAAUAUUUGUAUCUAUUGCAUCAAUUAAUGUAACAAUUUUAACACCUAUGAUUGUUAAAGUGUUAACAUAUACUCAUUUAAUAGCAGAUCCAUAUAAAGUUAGUAUGGAAUUAUAAUACAAUAGAUAAUCAUUAUUGGAAAAGGUAUCACAUUAUCUUAGAUUUUGUAAUCGUAAAGAAGAUGAAUAACAUAGUUAAAAUAAUGAAGUUAAUUAAUAAUAAUAAGAAGAUUAAGAUUAAGAUUAAAAUUAAGAUUAAAAUUAAAAUUAAGAAAAAGAUCAAUAUUCAUUAACUGUUGGUUAAUAAUAACUUAUUAAAUAUGCAUUUACAUGUCUUAUUAAUAAUGAAAAAGAAAAGUAUGUUAAAUAAGCUGUUGAAUAAUAUAAAAAAUAAUUAAUUGAAAAUCCAAAUUUAUUAUAAGUUCCAAUUGAUUCAGAAGAAGAAGAAGAUUUAGAAUUAGAAUUAGAUGAAUAAUCAGGAUCAUAAGAAGAAGAUUAAGAAGAUUAAUCAUAAUAAAGAUAAUAAUAAUAGAAUCUAAAUUAAAAUUAAGUAUAACCUAGAGAUAUUAAUGAAGCAUUAAAAGAAUAUGAAUAAAAGAUAGUUGCUAAAUUACUCAAUAAAACUGAAAGUAGUAGUAUUAAUGUUAAUUAAUUGAAUGAUCUUAAAAAAUAUGUAGAUUGUAAUUUACCUUUAUGGUAUAUGGUACUAAUGGUGGACAAAUAUUUAAAAUUGAAUAAUCCUUUAGUUGAUACUAUUAGAUAUAAUGAUCUUUGUAAUUAUUCUGGUUUUAAUUAAUAUGUUCUUGAAACUGGAGACAUGUAUCCAUAAUAAAAUGAAGUUAUGACUCUUACAUAAUUGAAAGAGUAUCUCAUGAAUUUUUUUACAGAAUAAGAAGCUUAAGAAGUAGUGUAAGAGUAUAGCUAUUAAGAAUAGAUGGUUAAUUUUGAAUAAUUUUAUUAAUUCAUUGAAAAUAAUAUGGUUUUGUUUCCAAAAUGA